UUCAUCCGGGAGGCAAUUGAGGAGGCAGAGCAGCUGGCCAAGGAGCGCUAACAACAUGGACAGAGAGACGCGCAAGGCCAACUUUAAGAAACUACAACAACCCGCAACCACAAAGCUGCGCAAUACACGCAGCAGCAGCAAGGCGGUUGCAGUGACCACGACAUUAUCCGACUAUUUCAGUACACAGGAGAGUGCCAGUAAUGAGGGAACGCAACCUAGGCGGGAAAAUGAAGAUCAGGAUGAACUCUUUGCGGAACCAAGACACAAGAAGACACGGGAAUGCCUUGACACUAAACCCGCCACGUUGGGCAAGCCGAAGAAGGCGCCCAAACUCAAGUCUAGUGCUCCAGCGCGACGUGGACGCGCCACAGGACGUGGCAGGACUAAACAGUCCAGCAUUAGUGAUUUCCUGCGCAAUGAGCAGCUCUUUGCCGAGGUAACAGCUCAACACUGCAUGGCAGACAACUUUAGUCCGGAUGACAUUGAAAUGGCGCUGGCAUUGUCCAAAUCCGAGGCAGAGAAACAUGGCGCAUUGCGGCUGCAGGAUACAAUGGAUGAGCAGGAGGAGGAAGUGGUUAACUUACUCGAUGAUAAGGCAAUUGAAACAACGGAGAACAUACGCCGGAGAUUGCAAAAGUAUGGCUUUCGCACUGCAGCUAAAGAAGAUUACAAUGUGCUCUCCAUGGGCGUCUUGCCUGGAGCAGCUGGCAAGCGUGGCAAACGCUGCAAAUGGGCCAAUAAAUUUACGCCCUUGACGCUGCGUAAUCCGGCGGAGCAGCUCAAGAAAUUGGACAGCAAGGUGGCGGCUUUAAUGGCGCAACAGGUGCGCACAAAGCUGCCAAGUGCUGAGGAACUCCAGAUGUUGCCCUUUAAACUGAUCAGUGCACGUCUCCAACAGCUGGAAGCUACCACACGCAUCAUACAUGAACCAAGCGAAGGUUCCAUAACGAAUCUCAGUGCUUACUAUGUGGAGGAAUUAAUAGAAGUUGGCAAAACACCAGCGGAUCACUUGCUCAAGAGUUGGCGGGCAAUUCAGGGCAGGGAUUUAUCGCCAAAGCGACCAAGUGAAAAAAGUCUGUUGCACCAGCGACAAUUGGAGCGGAUUUAUGCAGAGCUGGAGGCGCAAUUUGGUGCAGGUCAAGAAUCAACUGCAGAGCAAGCGGAAUUGGAUGAGCUGGAAAAGCUGGUGGCGAAUAAUAUGGUGAAGGAGGCGGAAAGUUCAAGUUUAUUGAAGGAACCGCCGGAUAAACGUGCCAGAAAAACAGAGACACCUGAGGAGACUAAUGAGGAAAAGGAGAACCAACAACCCAGCACUUCAACCAUGUUAACUGUGGUAGAAUUAGAGGACAGCUCUUCAAGCAGUAGCUCUUCAUUAAAGGAACCGCCAGAUAAAUGCUCUAGAAUAACAGAAAUCCUGGAAGAAAAGGAGCACCUUAUACCAAGUGCUCCAGUUAUGUUAACUCUAGUCAGAGAGGAGAAAGAAUCCUUAAGCGAAUCAUUAAAAAACCAUGUCAGAUUAAGAGGAACACAACCCAGUUCCUCAUCCUUGCUAACUUUGCCCACACAAUCCACUCGCUGCACUUCACCGGAUCUCUUUGCCGACUCGGAUGAGGAUGACGAUCUUGAUGAUCUGAAAGUGGAAGCUCCUGCAACGCUCAGCGGAAUGCAAAGCUUUUCUUUAAAAGUCUACAUGGACACAAGCAGCAAAGACAUCAAUUGCUAUGAGAUUUACUCCAGUGAUGAAGUGAAGACUCUUGGAGAGGCGAAGGAGGAUAUUAAAUGUCAUACUCCAACGCAAUUUAUAGAAAGCUUUGUAGAUCUGACAGAGGAGCAGGAUUCAACAGAAUUACCUGGUAGUCGGAACUCUAAGGACUCCAUUUUAGAGCAGCAAAUUUUAGCAUUGAGUCCAAGAAUUGAAUUUGAUAAUGAUGUUGAUGAACUUAACUGCACACUGGCCCAGCACAUAGACAAAGUGCAUGAGGAUUGUGUAAUCUCUAAGGAAUUAUAUGCCAAAUACGCACACAAGACGGAGGAACAGGAGGAGAUUAAGCUGGAUAGAGCUUGCUUUAACAAAAGCAAGAGCAGUUCCUCAUCAUUCCACAUGGAAGCAACUAUAACUUCAAAUAACUCCAAGGACAAUUCACUGCCAUCCACAUCCUUCCAACUGUCAACAACUCCGCAUAGCUGCAAGGACAACUCUUUAAGUUUCCAGCGCAGCUUUAGCUUGACACCGACACUCAAUCUGGAGCACAGUUUCAAGAGUCCGAGGAGCAACUCCUUUACAAAUAAACCAUUUUCAGAAUGCAAUCUGGAGCACAGUUUCAAGAGUCCCUUAAGUCGAAAGAGCAACUCCUUUAAUGAUAAACCCGCCUCCAUUUGUAGUCAGUCCGAUGUCAGCAUUGAUUUGACUCAAGAAAGCUGUGAUGAAGAUGAUAAUGAUGAUGGCGGAGUCUUGCUAUCCGAUGAUGAAAUCAAUUACUCCAUUUGGAAGGCGGACAAAACGCAACGUGGCAUUGACAUGGAGCAGGUUCUCCAUAGAGACAGCAUUUCACCUUUGACAAAGAGGAAAACCAUGCCAUAUUUCAAUACUAUAGAGGACUUGGAUGCAUAUCUGGACACAUCACCUGUUGCUUCCCUUAAAUCGUGCAAUUCCCGCUCGCCCAACAAGAGCGCCUUGAGCAAGGAGCGUGCUGAGUUCGGCAUCCUGGAUGCGGCUCCAUCACAACCUUGUACACUCUCCCAGCUGCCCGAUGAAAAGGCGGAGCCGCAAGUGCAUAUUGAUUGGGCAGAGGCAUCCUUUCUAGACACACCCACAGAACUGCCCAUGAAACGUUAUUCCAGCAGCAGUCAUAAAUUCCAGGAGCUGCUAAACAACAUUCCAAAUACAGAGAGAGAUGAUCCCGAAGAUGAACUCGAUGAAUUCGAUAAGAUGGUUUUCAAAAAUGACAAGGAUGCAACUAUAGAUAAGUUACCAAGUGGUCUGGAUCGUUUACUACUGGGUGAUAUUAAUAUGGAUAGCUUGCCGGAGUCCCUGCCACCUGCUGCAAGUCCCCUUUCUGUUCCUGCGCCGGAGCAACUGGAGGUCAAUGGUCAGUUGUACACUGUGAGAGUUUGUCAGUCGCCCAAACCGGAUUUUGUGCACAUGACGGAGCCGGAGCUGUUGCAGCAUCUGUAUAAUUAUGGCAUAAAACCGUUGAAGCGCAAACAAGCCGUAAAACUGUUGGAAUUUAUAUACAACCAAACACAUCCCAUUAUGCUGCCACUGGAAGAGACUCCAGUUGAAUCCUUGCCGCUGCCACGCUCCAAAUCCACGCCUGUGACCAUUAUAAAGAGCAAACAAAGGAAUCCUCUGCCCAAAAGUGCCAGCAAUGAUUGCCUGACUCCCACCGAAGUAAAUCCCAAACUAAGCUAUAAAUUCAGGGAUGCUCCUGGCACAGAACUGUUGCGUUUCUCGCAGGCUGUGCCGCCAGCUCUCUGCGAUGACUUUGAGUGCUUUGUGCUGCAGACGAACGUGACCAAGAAGACGCCACAACCAUUGUUGCCACUCCACAUAGCCUGGCAUAAUUUACUCUGUGCCAAUCCCAGUCUGCAUGAGAGUGUGCUCAUGUUUGAGCCCAUUGAUCUGCAGGAGAUUUAUCUAUACCUCAAGCAACUGGGUCUUCGUUAUGAUCCCAAGGAUCUCAAGUGCUUCUUUGACAGACGCUGUAUUAUAUUCCGCUAUGAGCUGGCCCCGCCCACCAAACAGACGCAACGUAACAUUCGCAAGAGACCCAAGAAACCAAGUUCCAAGUUUUAAAACCAUAUACAUUUCUAUGACAACAAAUUAUUUCUUGUAAUACAAUUAUUUUUGCAUAUAUUAAUUGCCGUUUUGGCCUCUGUAAUUCUGAAAAUUUUGUUCCAAUUUGAAUACACAAUUUAUUUUUGAAUGUA